GGACUCCGACGUCUUUUCAAUUCCUUCGUUCCUUCCGAUCCACGAUGACGAUUCACCACAUAGUUCUGUACAAGUUCAAGCCUGAAGCGACUCCAGAACAAAGACAGAGUGUGAUUGACUCCGUCAGCGCCCUUCCAUCACAGAUACCCGCCAUCCAGGGUCUUGUCACUGGUGAAAUACUGUUCAAUCCCCUUGCUCAUGGCUAUGACGACGGGGUUAUUUUUCUAUUUGAGAGCGUAGCCAAGUUGGACGAGUAUCGCCCGCACAAGGCGCAUACUGAUUAUCAGGCGUUUUCGGCGCCUUAUAUUGAAGAUAAACUCAUUUUUGAUAUCGAGACGGCCUAGAGGGGAAACGUAGUGUUUGAUAUCAUGUUGAACAGAUACUGCAUUUAUGAACCACCUUCGGGUUGGGAUUAUUUUUUCUAUGUAGACAAGUAAUAUUGUCACAUGGACAAUGACAUAU